CCAGUGACGGAGAAUCCAGCACCACUCUUGGUAAAUUGUUCCAAUGACUAAUUACCCUCAUGUUUAAAAACUAACACCUUGUUUCUGAUCUGAAUUUGUCCAGCUUUAACUUCCAGUUAUUUGGAUCUUGUUUAAUCUUUGUUUUCUAGAUUAGUUGUCUGCUAGGUCUUUGACUAAAGAUUUGUGUGAAUUCAUUUUAGCCUCUGCAUCCGGAGGCAAGGCGUAGAGGGUGGGGGAAUGUGGAGUCAAAAGCCCCAUCCCAGAUUUGCGGCUUGGAUUGUACUGAUUGUGCCCACCUGGACUGAGCAUGCUCAGUAACACUGCUGAAGCUGGGUGCCCUCACUCUGCCCACCUCCCGCACACACACUAUCAGCAGGCAUGGGUGUCUCUGCCUGGAUCCAUGUACCACAACAGAUCUCAGUGCAGUUCCAAGUGACCGGAGCCAGCUUCCUGGAGGAGGGCGUGGUUCCUAUGCAUUUAUCUCUGUGAGACACAUUUUGAUCAAGGUCCCAGCCCAGCUUGUCAAUUCCUGCACCUCUAGUUGCAGGCACAAAUUUGUAAGUGUCUCUGAAACUCAGGUUUGAACGUGCACCUGGGCCUUUAGUUUGCAGGUGGGGUACGGAUUGCGCAGACACAGGCUACUACUAUGCACAUACAAUGUUCAUUAUUUGCUGCUGGUGCCUUGUGAUUGGACUCCAAAAUCACAUGGUUUUGUUUCUGUUCCCUGGGAUGCCAGAGACAUAAUGAGCAGGCAUGAGGAGGAGAAGGGACAGGCUGCAAUGGCUCUUUCUCCUGAACCGAGGCAGAGGACGCCGGAGUUCUCCCUCAACCCCCAGACUUUGAAGGAAUUCAAAGUGAACCUGACUCUGGAUCCGGACACAGCAGGUCCUGAACUCAUUCUCUCUGAGGACCUGAAAGGUGCCAGAUGGGGAAAACCAAGUCAGAAGAUGCCUGACCAUCCGGAGAGAUUUGACACUGAUCCCUGUGUGCUGGGCUGUGAGGGAUUCACCUCGGGGAGACACUACUGGGAGGUGGAGGUGGGUGGGAUGUUCUGGACUGUGGGUGUGGCCAGAGAGUCUAUGAGGAGGAAGGGACAUAUUGUCUUUCGACCCAACACGGGAGUCUUAGGUUUGCAGAAAUAUCAUCACCUCUGCGUGGCGCUCACCAGCCCUUCCAACACCUAUGUUCCCCUCAAAAAUAACAACAAUGAGAUCGGCAUCUAUCUGGACUAUGAACUGGGGCAAGUGUCGUUUUAUGACCUCUGCAACGAGGAGCUGCUCUUCGCUUUCCCACCGGUCUCUUUCAACGGGGAGAGAGUUUUCCCUUACUUUUGUGUAUUUUUGUCCCACAUAAAACUGUCCCCCAGAGGGUGAUGCAUGGCUGUGAUUCCCAGAAACUUCAGAGACUGCUAUAUUCAGAUGGGCUGGACGACAUGGGCCCAUAGCAUAUUGACAGGCCUAUGUAUCAAUACGUGUAUUACAGGUAAUUGUAUGUUCCCGGCUCAUUGGGUGGAUUUUCUGGGGAAUCUGGGAAGAUCAAUGCAAAUUCCUAUGGUUGAUUACUCAGAUUCUCAGCCUUUAAGGCUUCACCCCCUGGGGACAGGGGCACCAGUUGAUUUUACCUGCCUCAGGAGCUUGGGAACAAAUUUUGGGGUCUAAAGGGUGAGUUUAAACAGACUCUCUCAUUUUGAGCCAACAAACUGACAUGAACUUUUAAUCGAUAGGUCAAACCCUGUGAAGGAGUGGAAGGACUAGAACCUGCCAGGGUCUCCACAGGACUGAUGGGGGACCUCUGGGAAGCAGAAGUCUGCCUUUCCAUUUGUUAUUGUUUUAUUGAUCUUUUUUCUCUGUAAGGCUUUUGCCCUGAAAUAAAUGCUCUGUGCAAACUGCCUAAUCCCUGGUGCCCUGCUGUUAGCCCUUGGCAGAGAGAGCGCAAAACUGCAGUGCUGAGAUAGGUCAGACGCCGAUCUUUUCUCUGCCGUGCAAUGGUGCGAUAUAAAGGGAAAACACACAAGAAACAUUGGUGAGAUGUGAAAGAUCUGAAUAAAAUAUGCCCAGCGUCCAUCACAUCACAAGCUUUUCCAGGUGGGGAAUUGUUUGUUUGGGAUUUGUUUUUUGCAAAAUAUUUAUUGCAUUUCUUUGUGUAAUUGACUUUUCCCUGUUACUCAGUAUCUGGUAGGAAGAGCCUUGAUUUUGCAAUAAAUAUGUGUUCCAAUUUUUCA